CCUGGUCAUACGCAGCAAAGGAAUGGCGUCAUCGGUUCGAUUAUCAUUCGUCGAGAUGCUUCCGAACUGCUUCCGAUAAAAAAUCUGGAAGGAGCCAGGUCUGUAUCCAAGUUUCUUUCCCAAUUUUCUCAUCACUCCUUUUCUCUCUCUCUCUCAAACUUUUCCUCCCUUCACAACUUCAAAUUGAGGAGGAGCCCGAAGUAAAAACAAACACAAACACAAACAGGAACCAUGAAUACUAAGGAAACACCUCGCGUUUCAACACUCAACGGCCAAGCCGUUGAUUUCCUCAAGGUAGGCAACCACAGUCAUGCUAUUGGCAAGCUUCAAGAGGCCCUGGCAGCGGUAAGAUCCAAUCUGGACUCUGGAGAAUCUACUACCGAAUCUCGCAGAAGCAGUGGAGGCAGUGGUGUUGGCCGCAUCUGUGUUCCCGUUGGAGUGAGGGCUUACUUUGCUGUGUACUCGAGUACGGUGGAUGACGAAGAAGAUGGCCGCACAGAUCGUGCUGGUUCGGUCUUUCGUUGCUUUGAUCGAGCCUUUGUGCUCCCGGACAACGCGGGCGAGAACCGUACGUCCUGCGUGGUCUUGUACAACCUGGGCCUCAGUCAUACUCUGGCCUGGCUCGAGACGCACCAAGCCAGUGAUCUGAACAUGGCCAUUAAGCUCUACAAGAUGGCUCUGUCUGUUGCGGAAAACUGCAUGGUAGAAGAAACGAUGGAUGACUACGUGCUGUUGCAGCUACUUGCUCUCUUUAACAACUUGGGUUAUCUGCAGCAUUAUCAUGCACAGUCUCUCAGUGCGGCACGCCAGGCAGAACUCACUCUGCAUUGUGUCGGGGCCAUCCGAGCCUUGAUUGGCACGAGGUAUCCCGCAGCAGGCAAGCAGCAGCAGGAGCAAGCUGUGGCACGAGUCUGCAGCGAGGAAGAUUUUCUCUUCUUUCGUUGGAGUGUCCUCUUUCUAUUUCAGCAAAAAGAAAAGGACGUCGCCCCUGCUGCCUAACCUAGCUAGCUAGCAAGCAACGUGGUGCGUUGCUGAUUCUGCCUUGGACCCGGCCAAGACCAUUUUUGAUUCGAUUCUCAUUACGUGUUGUAUGAAUGCACUUCUCCGUUACCUCGACAACGGCAUCUCAUGCUUGCCGAGCCCUUGGACUGCCAAUAACAUAAUCAUAGUAAGCAGCCAGUUGAUGCUU